CCUGGCGAUGGCUGACAAAGCGUGUGCUCUCCUUAACGCCCUCCUCUCACUUGGUUCGAGCAUGUCAGCAUGCUGGUCAUCCUCCUGAACUGCGUCACCCUGGGCAUGUUCCAGCCCUGCGAGGAUGUGGAGUGCCAGUCGGAGCGGUGCACCAUCCUGGAGGCAUUUGACGACUUCAUUUUCGCUUUCUUUGCGGUGGAGAUGGUCAUCAAGAUGGUGGCUCUGGGGAUCUUCGGGCAGAAGUGUUACCUUGGAGAUACGUGGAAUCGCCUGGACUUCUUCAUCGUGAUGGCAGGCAACAGAUUGUCUCUGAAGUUUGUUCCAGCACUGAAGCCCUUUCAUAUAGAUUUGGAAGGAAAGCCCGAAGGGCAGCGCCGUGCACCAGGCUCCGGGGGGGCGCACGGUGGGGGUAUGCGAAUACUCGUCACCCUGCUGUUAGAUACUCUGCCUAUGUUAGGCAACGUCCUCCUCUUGUGCUUCUUUGUCUUCUUCAUCUUUGGGAUUGUCGGUGUGCAGCUCUGGGCAGGGCUGCUGAGAAACAGGUGUUUCCUAGACAGGAAUUUUGCAAUGACAUACAACCUUACCUUCCUGCAUCCGUACUACCGGACAGACGAAGCGGAGGAGAAUCCGUUCAUCUGCUCAUCCCAUCGUGAAAACGGCAUGCAGAAAUGCUCCAACAUCCCAAACAGGAAGGAGUACAAGGUGGAGUGCACCUUGAGCAUGGACUCCUACUCCCCGAGUAUACAACCCUGCUGCAUAAACUGGAACCAGUAUUACAAUGUAUGCAUGGCAGGGGAUGUAAACCCACAUAACGGAGCUAUCAAUUUUGAUAACAUUGGCUACGCUUGGAUAGCUAUUUUUCAGGUUAUAACCCUGGAAGGAUGGGUUGACAUCAUGUAUUAUGUGAUGGAUGCACAUUCUUUUUACAAUUUUAUAUAUUUUAUAUUGCUUAUAAUAGUUGGUUCCUUCUUCAUGAUUAACUUGUGCCUGGUUGUGAUAGCAACACAGUUUUCUGAAACAAAGCAGCGGGAGAACCAGCUGAUGCAGGAGCAGCGGGCCCGUUAUCUCUCCAAUGACAGCACAAUUGCCAGCUUCUCAGAGCCAGGUAGCUGCUAUGAAGAGCUGCUCAAAUACAUCUGCCACAUCUUCAGGAAGGUGAAACGGCGGACGAUACGUCUGUACAACAACUGGCAGAGCAAGCGCCGGAAAAAAGUUAACCCGAACAGCACCACAAAUGGACAAAGCCGCCGAGGCAAAAAGCGUAUCACCUCCAUUCAUCACCUCAUCCACCACCACCACCACCAUCACCACCACUAUCACAUCAGCAAUGGGAGCCCUCGGGGGCCACGCUCCAACCCUGAGAUCUGUGACUUGGAACUCAAGGUCAUGAAACCUGGAGGCCAACUGAUGCUUCCCUCUCCAUCACCCAACUUGCAAAGCCCCGCUCCUCCUCCAGAUUCAGAGUCCGUGCACAGCAUUUACCAUGCUGACUGUCAUGUUGAAGGACCACAGGUGAACUGUAAGUCUUCCAAUGCCCCUGCAAGCAUUAAACUGACUGCUGGACUCUCCAACCAUGGCAACAUGAACUAUCCUACCAUCCUGCCUUCUCCAACUAGUAAAGCCAGUUCAGUUCCAGUUCCCAAAGGAAAGAAGAAUGGUAAUUCACCUGUGGCCAUGGUUAAUAGCCCAGUAAAUUUGGGCACAGAUCCUUAUGGGAAGCUGCAGCAGCUGGUAGGAGAGCAUGAAGUUCGAUCCUAUCUAGGUGAAGUGGGUGGACAUGGCAGCUCUUUCAUUCGGGAUGUCUGGCGAGCCCACGGCCUCUGCCAUCCGUGCUACUGUGGCCGCUUCGUGGUCUUUUCUCCUCAGCCUGGUCUUGUUCGGGAAUACAGCACUAACGUGCUGUGCGCUACCGGUACUGCUUGCAGGUUGAUUAAGAGGGCAAAUAUUUCUGAUCCUCCCGGCAUCUUUGACAUAACGACAGUCCCCUCGCGCAAGCCUGUCAGCCUUGUUUCGAAGGCCAGUGGUAUCUGCAUGACAUUCAGGAAAGUAAAGUAUAUUUUGAUCCUUGUCACAGCGCUGUGUUCAAGUGCGUGGGCAAACCAGCGUUUUAUUUUGCUUUCUGCUGCCUUCUCUUUAAAUUGGAGGUCCUCCAGUGUCAGCCAGGAGUGGCUGAAAUCAGCCCUGUUGCUGCUGGGCAAGCGCCAAAUGCCUGGGCUCGGCGCCAGGCGCAUCCGCUGCCUUGAGCCUGGUCUCCCCAAAACGCACCUGGGCGCCCCCGGCCCACUGCAGGGCAGCGGCCGCUUCUGGGGGGAGGGAGAGGGGUGA